GUGGAGGGACGGGUAACUCCGGUCAACCUGCCGUCCUCCAGGGGCUCGAGCACCCCGGGGUCUCCCGCCACCGGCAUCAUGGCCCGAGUCAACGACCAGGUGGUGGGCUACAGAGACCUGGCAGCUCUGCCCAGAGAUAAAGCCAUCCUGCAGGUGGAGAGACCGGACCUGAUGACCUACCAGCCACACCUCAGCUUCUCCCCGCUCGACCCUCCACGCAGAGAACGAUCUCUGUCCCCUCCAGCCUCGUCUCCCACCAUGUCCCCCGAGGUGAAGGCUCGCAGAGCAGAGAGCGAGAGCGGUUCUCCUGGAGGAUCGAUGCUGCAGCUGCAGGCUGGACGCAAAAUCAGCGCCAGCCAGCAGCAUUUCCACAGACCAGAUAACGGAACGAACAUCUACAGGAAACCUCCCAUCUACAAACAAGAUACGAACAAACACGUUGAAGGCGUCAUUCAGUCAGCGAAGUUUCCGGCGGCUCAGCCUCCAGAUCCGAACCAGCCGUCCAAGAUCGAGACCGAGUACUGGCCCUGCCCCCCCUCUCUGGCCGCCAUGGAGAUCGAGUGGAGGAAGAAGAAGGAGCUGCAGGAGGAGGACGAGUUUGAGGACCUGACGGACGAGGCGGAGACGGUGCGGGAGCAGGAGCUGGAAAAGAUCAAGUCCAACCUGGGGCGCCUCAUCCUGAAGGAGGAGAAGGAGAGAGCCGUGAACUAUCGCAGGAAGACGCAGUCGCUGCCCGACAGAACGCACAUGCACACCAGUUUGUCAGCGAGUGCCUCAAAGUCUCCGUCACACUCGGGCCCAGGCCUGACCAGAAUGCAGUCUGCAGAGUUUUCCACAGAUGGAGAAAAAGGACAUUCAGAAAUCAGAAAAUCAUUUAAAGGACUUUAAAGCUCUCGGUGUGACACUGAUGUGAUCGUUGUUUUCUUCAUGUCUCCG